AUGGGCAAAGAAUGGGCUUCCUCGGACGCCUACUCAGCCAGUGCAGGCGCCGGUGUACGCGCUGACACUAGCGGCCAUGCCUCGUUCAAACGCCUACCCUACAACUUCUGCGCACUGAGCCUGCAGCCCUUCACGACUCCUGUUUGUACAGUCGAAGGCAUAAUAUUCGACCACGAGAACAUUCUGCGCUGGCUGCUGAAACAUGACACGAAUCCGACAAAUGGCAAGCCGAUGAAGCAGCAGGACCUCAUCAAGCUCAACUUCGCCAAAAACGAUGCGGGUGAAUACGUGGACCCGGUUACUUUCAAAGUUUUUACAGACAACACCCAUAUCGUGGCCAUCCGCCAUGGCGAUGUCGCGAACGUCUUCGCAUAUGACACGAUCGAAAGGCUGAACAUAAAACCCAAAAUGUGGCGAGAUCUGGUGUCGGACGACGAGUUUUCGCGCAAGGAUAUUAUCACUCUACAAGACCCGCAGAACAUAGAAUCGCGCAAUCUCAGCUCGUUUAAAUACCUGAAGGAUGGUGAAGAUUCUGGUAUCCGAAAAGAGGAAGCUUCGAUAAAUGCUGCAAGCCUGGGUGGUGCUGCAGACCUGAAAGUCAUGAAGGCGAAGGAAGCCGUCGCAAAGGCAAGGGCUGAACGAGCAAAUGCCCAGGCGCAGAAGACCUCAACACAGCAGUCGACCACCGCCAGCAAGAGACCAGCGUCUACAACACAAGCAGGGAAACCAGUGCCAUACAAUGCAACCAGGCACACAACUGGCCUAGCAGCUGCCUCCUUCACUUCGACAGGCAUGACUGUCCAUACCUCUAAUGCUCUCGCGGCCAUGACAGACGAAGAAUACAUCCUAAAACCCCGCCGAGUGAAGUCCAAAGGCUAUAUUCGAUUGCAAACCACUCUCGGCCCACUAACCCUAGAACUCUACCCUGAGUACGCCCCCAAGGCUGUUUGGAACUUCCUCAGCCUGGCUAAGAAGGGAUACUACAACGGAAUUAUCUUUCAUCGCAGUAUCCGUAACUUCAUGAUCCAAGGUGGCGACCCCACGGGCACAGGCAAAGGCGGACAAAGUAUAUGGGGUAAAAACUUCAACGACGAGCUGCAAGGACCACUGAAGCACGACAAGAGAGGUGUUCUGAGUAUGGCAAACAAAGGCAAGAACACCAAUAGCUCGCAGUUCUUCAUCACCUACAGACCCGCGAGUCACCUCGAUGGCAAACACACGAUAUUCGGCCGCGUGGUAGAUGAUACAGAUGACGAGUCGAUGGAAGUGCUGAAACGGCUCGAAAACGUGCCUGUCGACAGCAACGACCGGCCGAAGGAGGAGAUCCAGAUUGUCGAGGCCACCGUGCUGAUUGACCCGUUUGAGGAGUUCUGGAAGCAGAAGAAUGAGGCCGAGAAGCCGGGACAGGACGAUGUAGAUCAAGACCGCACCACAUGGACGGGCAAGCGGAUACGCAAUGACGGCACUGUGGAUGCCGGCGAUGCAGGAGGAAAAGUCGGCAAAUACCUGCAAGCAUCUCUUGCAAGCCAGGGGGCUGGAGUUGAAGACGACGAGUUUGUCGAGUUUGUCGACGAUGAACCGGAAGAGCCUGUUCGCAAAAAGGCGAAAGGCGGUGGCGGGUUCGGCAACUUCGACUCGUGGUGA